GUCACAUUGCUUUAACAGACCUAAUCUUAAUUGAAAAAGCUAAAACAUUUGCAAAAAUGCUUAAUGUACAUUGUCAUUUUCCACUGGGUGGCUUCAAAGCUUUAAGAAUAUGUAUGUUUCUGUAUUAUAUUGAACUAAGAUUAGUAACUUUAUCAAUAACAAAUUAUCACACUUGUAGAAACAAUUUGAAAAGAUACCAAUUACAUGGAGAAAGUGAUUCAGCUGAUAUUAAUGCAAUUGAAAAUGCACCUUCCUGA